AUGUUCAGAAUGAACGAAAAUGGGGUUAAUGAGUCGAAUCGAAGCAAUACCGCAAAAAUCAAUUACCGCAACGAAUCGUUAUCAAACGAAGAACGAUACAUAACUGUCAAACGAAAAUUCAAGGAGAUAAUCGGACACAAAAACCUCAAACCUUGGCAAUAUGACGCGAUCAGUACAAUGUUGGACGGGAAGGAUGUGCUUCUAGUUAUGAGCACUGGUAGCGGAAAAUCGGCUGUAUUUCUCACCUACGCGGCACUUCAAGAAAAGGGUUACACUCUUAUAGUGCUCCCUGUUAAUAAUAUUCGUGCGGACUUAAUGGCUUUUCUGGAUAAUGCCGGCAUCAGCAAUACCAAAUUGAAGGACACGGACUUUCUUGAAUGGGCGGCAAGGAAGGAAAAAACACGACUCCAGAACUACCGCGUCCUUUUUGCAUCUCCCGAAAGUCUGAACAAAAACCAUCUUGUACUGCAGAUGCUUAACGCCGUAAAUCCCCUAAACGCGGUUAUUUUCGACGAAAUCCAUACGAGUGUUGAGUGGAGUUCCUUUCGAGCAGAAAUGAAAUUUCUCGGUUUUGCCAAAGACAUCUCAAAUGUACCUUUCCUUGCGUGCACAGCCACUGCGACACAACACGUAGAAAAGGGGAUAAGAAAAAUUCUUCGAAUGAAAACGGCAAAGCUGAUCAAAGGAACAACAGACCGGAAAAAUAUCACGUACAGAAUACUCAAUAAAACCAACAAGAAAAGCGAUACGAAGCAUGCUUCGGCGGAAGCAUUGUUCACCGAUUUAAGGAGGGCCAAUUUUCUCGAACUCGGCGAGGUCGUACACGACAGACAACUGUAUCGAUUCAAGGAGCGAGUUCUUAUUUACAUCAAUGUGAAGUCAGAAGGCGAAUUCCUAUUCGAAAACCUUGGAAGAUUUUUCGAUAUGCGGAGGAUAGGAAAAUAUUUCGGAAUCAAAAAGAACGAGGAUAAAACAAAGCCGUGGGUAAACGAAGAAAAGCAAAGGCGGAAAACAGUGAAAGAUUUCACCGAAGGCAAACUCGAUGCAAUAAUUGCCACAGUGGCUUUCGGCAUGGGCCACGACGACCGAACAUUGCGGAAGACAGUAAUAUGGGGAACGCCAUUAUCUCUCUCGGCACUUUCACAAAUGAGCGGACGAUGCGGACGAAACGGAGACCAAGCCUCGGCUACUAUCUUUGUUGACAAAAAGCUCACCCCAUUCCACCGGCAGACAGCAACCAAAGAGCCGCUUUUGGAAAAUAAGAUCCAAAAGUAUCUGGAACUUCUUCACGCGGAAUAUGCUUUAAAGCGACGAGGAUGUCUUCGAGAGAAAAUCAAAUUUUACCAAUGUUCUGGCACGAGCGUUGAAAAAAUCUACCAACAAAACACUCAUUACUAUGCGGUGGCGAGAGCCCUCAUCCUCGGCGAUUACCUUAAUCUCGCCGAUUAUAAAGGCGAAGGAUCGGUAAGGAUGGUCGUAUCGGAUCGCGGAUUUAGUUUCAUGAGGAAUGCAUCAGAACCCUUCAUUACAGUGCUCACAACAGAUAUGAAGGCAGUCCGAGUGGUUUCGAAAGGAGAACGUGAUUUUCUGAUUGAUCCGAAAUCAGAGAUUAAACUGAAGGAUGAACAAGAGCUCGCAGUGUUCGACGGAGUUGAAAUUGCGCAAACUCAACAAAAGGAAAAACCGAAAGAAGAUGUGUACGAAGAAAGUUAUAGAAAGAUGAUGUACUCCAUCAUGGAAAAACUGACGCGGGAAUAUGCGAAAUCUAAAACACCAACAUUUCCCUUCAGUAGAGAACUUUUGGAGCGAGUGAUACUGUGGCGACCGACAACAGAAGAAUCAAUGUGUAAAAUUCCACGAAUGACGGUAGCCGCGGCGAAAAUGUACCGAAGUUUUUACAUAUGGACGGCUAAGUAUAAAGCACAAUACCCGGAACUGGAAGUCAAUAAAGAUAUGUACGAAGAAGAAGACGUUACAUAUGCGAUGAUUACCAACCCAGAGCAGACAUGGGCAGAAAAAAAACCGGGCAAAUACUUGCGGUUGCGCAGUUGGAUAAUCUACAAACGAUACCUGGACGGAGAAACGCUCAAUCAAAUUGCAUUGAAGGAGCAUAUCUCACUAGCUAGAGUGACGGAAAUCAUGUCAGAAUGUAUUGCCUGCGGAAAACCAAUCAGGCUUGAAGAUGUCGGCCUCGAAACAUUGACACCAGCGCUGCUCAACUCGUACACAACAGAAGGAUUGGCCUUCUCAACAUCGAUGUACACGCGGAACCUUCUGGCAAUGACUCCUUGUCAGAUCCCACCAACGGAGGUCAAUGACAUACGAGACAAGCAAUAUAAAGCAAUUAAUAGCUUUUGCAAUUACAUGAUGAAAAUGGCCUGCGUUAAGCCAAACGAAACAUCAAAGAUUAACGAGAUACUCCAAGAGACAGAUCUCGAAAACAUAAAUUUGAUUUCGAAAGUUAAAAGUGUACACGGGCCAGACUACAGCGGACAAUUCGGGGCAUACCUCACAAUGAUGCGAAAAAAAAACUCGGGACACAUGAAAGCGGUAGUAGACAUUGGUAGAGCGGCAGCAGUCAACACAACGAGCGAAGCCAUCAAUCAAGAAGAAAAACCGGAAGUGACCACGAAUAAACGGAGACGAAAGGCACCACAAGUUUUUGUCGACCUUACCCAAGACGACCUCGAAGCGGAUACUCCCGGAACAUCUAGUUUGAGCAAUACGCAUCCGGCCGUCCACUUGCAUCAAAUGGCUCAAAUCGAUUUCCGGCAGAAAACUGGAACAAGGGUACCACAUCUACAGUGCGCGGAGCCUCUUGAUAUGACAACCAAAAAUAGAAAGCGGGAACGAGUGCCAUCGACAGCAUCGACAUCAGCUAAUCCAUCAAAGAUGCAAAGGACAUCACACACGGAAACGCGAAAUGAUAUAACAGUAGGUAGACUCCAAGACGAUGAACACGACGACCUACCCCUCGAAGCAUACAUUGGAUUUGCAGAUAAUGCGGAAUUUGACAGUGAUGGUGAAAGUCACGUUAGUCAACAUAGUAGCGCGAAAAACAACCUGAUUAUCGAUGAGACGAAUGCGUCUGACGAUAGAUCCCGUUACACAGUAGAUACAACAACCGUCUAUAAUGGCAACCAAACUCAAAACAUAACAAUCACCAACGGAAACAACGGCAACCAAAACAACGGAAACGAAAACAACGGCAACCAAAAUAACGUCAACCAACACAACGGCAACGAGGACAACGCCAACCAAGGCAACGACCAAGGCAACGACCAAGGCAACGACAAAGGCAACGACAACCAAGACAACAACCAAGGCAACGACAACCAAGGCAACGACAACCAAGACAACGACAACCAAGGCAACGACAACCAAGGCAACGACAACCAAGGCGACGAGAACCAAGGCGGAGGAAACCAAGAAAACGAAAAUGCCAAUAUUGACUUAAACAACGCAAUCCUAGACAUGCAAAUCGACACAAGCUCAUCAAGUGCAAACAGUUCAGAAAACAACUAUGUACGAUAUGGGUACAAUGUUAACCGAAGAACAGCGAAAAAACAAGAAAGAACACGGGACAGACCAACAGACAACAGAUACAGAGGAUUCCAACGAGUAAUCGAACCCGGACCAGCUUCAAUCCUGGACAUAGCGGACAGCCCAAUUCUCGGUGACAACGUGCCAUUCAAAAGAGGAAGAAUCGGAUCAAAAGUCAAAGCGUGCCAGCGGUUAUACGAAAAGGACACUAUGGUUCCAACAGCAACAACGCUUUCUACCAAAUAUCUGGGCGGAGUUUUUUUCGAUAUCGGAGAAAUAAUUGACACGACGGAAAAGCACACGAUCAAUGGCAUCAGAGGUCCAUUAGUGGAAGACGUCGAAGCAGCGAUCCGUGAGUACUACUCAAAAAUAAGAAAACUCGCAGGCGGACUCCGAAACAAGCUGAAAAAUAAUAAGCCAACGUUCGAAGAAUAUCUUCAAGAACUCCAAACUUAUCUCCGAGAAAACCCGAGAGAAGCAGAUGCGCUCAGACAGCCAUUAACUGUUGAAGGCGUCGCACCUACACUUUGGGAAAGAAACGCAACACAUCAAGCGCCAAGCACGGAAAUCGAGCGUAAUCAAAUGGACUCGGCAGUGAUACUUUCCAAUAUCAACAACGGCGAAAUUAAUGAUCAAACUCACUUUCAAAACGCGACAAAUCAUUUUUACCACUAUACGAUGAUACUCGCGGCAAUGGACCCAAUGUAUCAACGAGGUGGAUAUGAUUACGCAAGCCUCCCUCUCGUCGAUGAUGUGGCGCAACCACUUCCAGCGGAAUUAACCCCAACAGAAGAAGCACUUCUUCUCAAUAACAUCACAGAAGAACAAUCGGCUGCGGUCUAUCAAAAAUUUCAUGAUUGGAUGCGGGAUGGUAACCCCACGAUCGGAAGAUUUCAAGCAGGAAAUCCAACGAUGUCAAGAGCACACGACUUAAGAACAAAACUCUUGGAAAAAAACAUCAAAUGCUUCCAUGAAGAAACGCUCGGCAAAAAAGACUUCUACAGGCAGAUUAAGGCGCUGGUUGUCGAUCUCCACAAAAACAACUCGGAUAUAAAAGAAUACAUCUCGGAUAUUUUCCCCGAGGACCUUAUUACAAGAUCGGUUAAAGGUUGUAAAAUACCUUAUUGCACGCGGACCGACUGCAAAGAAAAUCAAGACGUGCGGGAAGAACUCUUUAAAAUCGUCGAAGAUUACGCGGAAAGCGAUCGAAACCCAAACCCCGGCGACCGAUUUCUGGAAGAAGGACGCGGCACAUUCGAAACAGCAGAAAUGCACAAAUACGAAAAAGAGAUUAUGAAGAUCGAGAAUUGUGACUACCUCCACAAUACCCCAAACAAGUUCUCAACAUAUCUGAGUUAUCGGGGAUGGGAAGCACACGACGCGGAAUGCAUAUUGCGAACUUUUGCGGUGCGAGUCUUCGGGAUGUUUCGUCACGCCACGGACCCAGUUGCAUCGAAACAUAAGGUGGACGACAUAUACCAACACUCCAUUUUUACGAAGGACCAUGAUCGUCUUUUGAAUUCAUUGAACAUCGAAUACAAAGAACACGACGAUAUUUACCGUAACCCCUACCACACGACACUAGACAACACGAAAGCGGACAUCGAAAUAUGCCAGAAGAUGAAAAUUGGAGAACACUCGCCAGCAAAAGUCUUCGAAGAAGGUGGCACAAUCGAAGUUGAAAUUCGAAUAAAACCAUACCGCAAACCAGAACGCGGAGAGGAUACACGAUCAAAAGACCUAGUCGAAGUUGUUCUGCCACCAAAACCUACGCUGUCAGAGCUAUGGCAAUCAUGUGAAGAAGGACUAGAAAAACACCUCGAGAUGUACGGAUGGGAGGAAUUGAACAAAUACGAAGAAGGUUAUAAGGCAAACAAGCAGGAGAGGGCGUCGGCAUAUUCUAACAUGGCAGACAAAUUUGUACUGCUAUUUCUCUUCCAUCGUAUGCCAAUUCUGACCGUAUACAAUUGGUGGUUCACACUCACUGACGAAAAACUAUGUACGAUCAACGAUGUUCACUCGGAACGUGGAAUCGACAGUCACAGGCUGCACAAACCAACAAUUUGCAGCCUUUUCUAUGUAAUGUCAAUAACAAAGAACGAAAUCGCGGAAAAUGGAAAAAAUUGCUACAUGAGCGUUGGAGCGCUGGAUGCGAAUCGGGAGACAACAAAGACGACAAAUUCUUUUUUCUGGCACGUCGUAUGCAGCAUGGACCUGGAUGACCACUUCGAACUCACUGACACAGUAACAGUGAAUGGCCGAAAUUACUCACGGGCUGGAAAGUGGAUAAAAACAAAGGACGGAAUGGUUCUUGGACCAAAAAAACGACAAGCGCUGAUUGCCAGGAUUCUCUUCUUAUGUUGCUUCCGGUACUCAAGAUUAAUAGGAAACGCAAUGGAAUACGCAAUGUUCAUGACCUACGAUUGUCUGAUGACGAUUCAACAGUAUGGACUCCAGAACCUGCUACGAGUAGGCUUUUUCUCCUACCAAUUCUAUCAGAUAGCCUUACCAUCAGCAAAAUUCAUGGACGUCGACAUUGACAUCGAAACAUGCAGAAAACCCCUAUUCAGACUCCCAGCAGUAAGCUGGGAUCGCAAAGUCUCAUACCCACAAGUCCUAAAAGGAUUUUGUGAAAUAUUCAUCGGACGAAUAAUUCUCGCAAAAAACAGUAAAAUGAACACACUACGACACGUCACAACAUAUCUCCUGCCACCACUUUAUCCACAAAACGAACGCAAACGAGACUUUGAAAAUAUCCUUGAAUACUCACAAUACCUGGCACGAAAAGUCCCAAUCAACGUUGUUCGACAAACAGAAGAGUAA